AUGGUUCCUCGAAAGGCCAUUCUAAUGCUGACUGCCGCCCUGCUGGCCACCAUGACUCUGAACGCAUCUGACGCCGUCCCCGUCUCGAUCAGGCAAUCGCCUACAUCCGUCUCCAAGCGCCAGACCGUCUCUCUCAACAAGUCCCAAAUCAGAUCCCUCUCCAAGCGUCAGCUCCAGGACAUUGUUCUCGCCAAGCGUGGCCAUGAUGAUGAUUCCGACUGUGACGACGACGAUGAUGACUCCGACUCCGACGACUCCGACUCAGACGACGACGACGACGACGAUGAUGUCCACCGCCACCGCCACAAGCACAGAAAGACCAAGAUUGUCCGUGUUCCCAAGCCAUUCCCAGUCCCUAAGCCCUUCCCCUACCCCGUCCCGGCUCCAGUCCCGGCUCCCAUCCCUGUGCCUGCACCUGUUCCUAUCCCUCUUGGAGGUGGCCCCGGUGGAUUUGGAGGAUUUGGCGGACCCAUUGGGCCUGCUGGCUUUGGACCCUUUUAG